UCGGACGGAGGGCGCAAACGCGGUGGAUAUAACGAUCGGUGCCGAAUCCGGGACCACCACCUGCACGGCUGCACACAUAUACGCGGCACAACACGUACGUUCAAAACGAUGUUAAAGUGAUCGUCGACGCCGCUGUGCACACCUCAUACAAUAUAUAGGUCCAUAAUGAACGCACCUAGUCCGGAAGUGGAUGUAUUUAUUAGCAACUACACAAUCGUCGAUCCAGACGUAUAUCAUCUGUGGGUGAAUGGAUAUUCCGCAUCGGAAGCAGUAUCCAUUCUAAAACAGUAUGGUAUCCUAGAGGAAAUGGGCACUACACUCGACUUGGUUGCAUCUGAUAUAUUGGACCAUUACAGAACUUAUAGUUUACUAGAAAAAAUAAUACAUUAUCCAACAAAGUUAGAUCAGCAGCUGGCAUUUCAAAUUGAACCACAAACAAAACACAUAUUAGUAGAAAAGUAUUAUGAAAUAGACGAUAUAGUUAUUCGAGAAUUUCUUGGAAAAAAAUUAUCAUCAAAACAUCGUAAAGAUUUGGACGAAGUUAGUGAAAAAACAAGCAUUGCUAUUAAAUCUUGCAGACGUCAAUUUGAUAAUGUCAAAAGAGUUUUCAAGGCUGUUGAAGAACUUCAAGGUUCUGUUAUCCAAAACAUUUCCAGCAUAUUUCUACUGUCAGAAGAUCUGGCAAAGAAGUAUGGAGUAAUUGUUUUCAUAGCAUGUAUGCGUUUUGAAACGUCAAAACGUAAAUUACAAAUGUUAACUUUUCCUGACUUUUAUGAACCAACUCUUUGUAUUAUGAACAAGUGGACUUAUCCUAAAAAUAGUCCAGAAUUCGGAGACACCGACUUAGAUCGAGAGUUUCUGCUUGAAUUAAGAGAAGUUAGAGUAUUAUUAGACAAAGAAAAGGAUCACAAACACAUUGUAUGUCAAAAAUUAAAGCCAGAGUUUCUAGAAAAAACAUAUAAUAGUAUGGAAGUUAAUUUUCGUUUACUGAGUAGAGCAAUAAUAGGAAUAGCCUAUAAUCUUCACCACAACAGAGACUUACGAGGAUUCUUCCUGGAAGUAGUAGAAAAAAUUAUUGAUCCAUGGAGAAUACUUGGUUGGAACAAAAUAGAUGUCAUGAAUUUCCUUAAAGUAUACAUUAAUUGUGCCAUAGAGUUAGAUGUAUUUCAAGAUGCAGAAGUAAAGAAAGCUUGGGAACGGUAUAUGGAUGUAAUAACAACCAGUGUCAAACAACUAUAUUGAAACAAUAUAGUGAUUCAUUUUAAGAAAAUUGAAAUAUUGUUUGUUUUAUAGUAUAGACUGCUGAAAUAGUGUUUUAUUUUUAAUAUUAUGCCAGUUGUUUUGUAACAUGUGUCCUUAUAAACAGUUAUAACUGUAUUUUUAUGUAUACAUAUGUUUUAGAAAAAGUUAACUAUUUUUAUAAGCACGGUUGCCCUAACACGCCAAAAUAUUUGUUUUAUAUUAAUUGUAUUGCAGAAUUAUUCUUAGAUUGUGAGUGUUAUAUUUAACUUUUGUUUAUUGAAAGCUUUGAUAC